CUCUCCGCAGACCGCAGGUGCUUUUCCACGUAACUUUUUCGUCAGUUCGUUUGACCAGGCCCGCCCACAGCAGGCAGCACGUUCGUCCACGGGGUGCAGUUACUCCGAGCUCGUGCCGGGGUGGGACUUCCGAUCCAACCCUCUUCCCAAAACACAAGACCGCACAGCACACCACAGCCCAGGGAAACUCCGUAGUCCACAAGAAACGAAACGAAACGAUCGCUCCCUCCUUCGCCCCCCCUCGGGCCUCGGCUUCGUCUUCGCCAUUGGUCCAGGCGAUAUAAGGAAGCGAGGGGAGAGAAAGAGACGACCCAUCGCUCAUCGGUCGCCACCGUCACACGGGCCAACUUGCAGGCAGCCAUGGGGUUCUUCACCAGGAGCACCUCCAAGCAGACCGCCAAGCUCAAGUCCCUCCUCAAGAUCGCCGUCGCGCGCCUCGCCGUCGCCCGCCGGCCCCGCCUCGGCCGCCGCUCCAUUGCCCGCGGCGACGUCGCGCAGCUCCUCUCCAUUGGCCACCUCGACCGCGCCCUCGUCCGGGCGGAGCAGGUCAUUGAGGAGGACGGCAUGCUGGAGGCGCUGGACAUCAUCGAGCACUACUGCAAGAUCCUCGUCGAGCAGUCCGCCCAGUUGGAAAAGCCAAAAGAGUGCGGCGAGGAGAUCAAGGCGGCGGCGGCGGGGCUGAUCUUCGCGUCGGCGCGAUGCGGCGAGCUGCCGGAGCUGCUGGACGCGCGCCCCAUCCUGGCGAGCAAGUUCGGCCGGGAAUUCGAGAGGGCGGCCAAGGAGGGCUCCCAGGUCGUCGUCAAUCCCACGUUAGUGCAGAGGUUAUCUGGCCAGAAGGCGAGCGCGGAGCAGCAGAGGAGGCUGGCCAGGGAGAUCGCCGCCGAGAACGACAUCCUGCUCGACUUCCCCGGCAGCCCAGGAGCGGCUCACCAGAGCAAACAGAGUGAACAAGUCAAGAACGUGCCGGUGCCGGUGCCGGCCGGGAAAUCUGUCGAACGGUUUGAGGUCAAGACCGAAACUUCCGAUGAUAACAUGAGGAGACAGAGGCUUGCCGAUGAUAACAUGAGGCGGCCGAGCCUUGCUCAGCUGAGAGCAGAGGAGAAGGCGUCGAGGGAAUCCAAGAAGUACGACGAUGUCAGGAUGGCGGCGGAGGCCGCCUUCGAGUCGGCGUCAUUCGCCGCCAUGGCCGCCCGCGCGGCCGUGGAGCUGUCCCGGACGGAGUCGCAGGGGAAAGGGCCGAGAGGCGGCGGUCGCGGGCAUGACAGGGUUCAACCUUUACAGGGCUCUGGAGCAGCCGAGCGGGAGACGCAGCCGCCGGGGAGGCCCCAGAAGCCUCCGUCUCCGUCUCCGUCGCCGUCGUGGAGCGACAAGAGCACGUUGUCCUCGGUAUGGUCUGACGCACCAGCACGGGACGCACCGUCACCACCGAAGGGGAAGAGCAUUGUGUUCGACCAGAGCGACGGAGAAGACAACGACGUGGUGGAAGACCUCGACUGGACCCCGCAGCUGCGCCGGCCUCCCUACGGGAGAGCGGCCUCCGCAAUGGGCAUGGAUGGCGUCGGCGGCAACGGCAGCACGCACGGUGCCCAGCGCGAGGUGGGCGCGGCCUCCCCACGGCCGCUCCAGGACGGCUCGCAAGACGCGCGCCCAACGCACAGGAGGUACGCCUCGGAGCACGCCGGCGGGGGCGCGCGGCGGGAGGCCCCGGAGCAGGUCGGCCAGUACAGAGCACCUCCGUACAGGAGGAGCCCCGCGGCGGACGCGGGCGGCUACGGCGGCGCGUACGAGAGCUCGGCGUUCGUGGCCCGCGCGCCGUACGCGAGGAUCACGUCGGCGCUGGAGGGCGGCAACGAGCACAUAGCGCGGCACGAGGAGGUGCGCAGGAUGGGCACCGACGCGCGGGUGCUCCAGGAGAAGGUGUACGGCCCCGCCGGCGACGCGCCCGGGCCGGGGCGCGCGCCCCUGACGCCGGACAGGAGGGCCAUCUCGGUGCGGACAAGGAGAUGAGACGGUAUCAGUUUGGUACAGUACAUUCGUCAGUUCAGACUUGAGAGUUGGAGCUCGACUGGAAAAUGGGACGCAGGGAGCCGGGGCCGUUGCGUCGCCGGCAGCCCGGCACGGCGGUGGUUUCCUUCCUGCCUCGGGAAAGCUGGCGUGGGGUACGAUGCGAUGCUGAUUUUCUUUUUGUACAGAGCGGGUGAGGUUCGUUGACAUGUGAUGUGAGUAAUAUUUGAUUGUUUUCUCUUGCAAUGGGAAGGAGUUUUGCGUGU